GACAGCGUUGGUCUUGGCAGACAGACAGCGGUCCACCUAUACACGUCUAUGUUUUGAUGUUCACGUGUUCAAGGGAGACUAUUCUCACACUUCACAUAACAGUUUCGCAGGUAAUUCGGUUCCAGUAGAGAGGACGUUGACGAGGAAUCGCUUAAAAGUCCCGGACUGGCAGCAACUGACUGUGUCUUAUCAAACGUUCAUGGAUAGGAAACAUGAAAAGCAAGGAUACCUUGGAGAUUUACAUGACAAGACACUGGCCCAGCUUCAAGAACUACUACAAAGACAAGAAAAACUUCUAGCUAAACAGAAGUUCUUGGAUUCUUUACCAGAUAAAGGAGAGAAGAUACAUCAGUUUGCAAAGAUACUCAGAGAAGUGAUUUCAUUAAAAGAAAAACAUGAAAAUUCCAUGACAUUCUCCACCCAGGAUAACCUCUGUCAUGAUGUGACAGCUGCUCUUAGUGAGCACCUGCAGAGUUUGACUGUGGGAAGUAGGGAAGAAGGCACGAUUAAAGAUCCACAAGAUGGUGAAAACAGUGCACAUAAUGAAAAGAAGUUUCAGAACAGCUAUGAGAAGGUGAUACGAAAAGACCACGUAAUAGACAAGAAGGAGCCUUUUAAACCAAACAGGACUUUGAAAAUAGCCAGUGUCAGAGAGCUCCCUGAGAAAUUCAAGCCAAAGAGCAAAGUGCCAGAUGUCAAAAAACACAGAGAUUCAUCAUCAAACGUGAUCCCAGCUGGGGUUGCACAAACUUUUUAUGGCCAGGAGACAUGGUCUUGUGAUUAUAAGCAACACGAAGAAAGUGCCAUUCACUUACCAGCCCACAAAUUCGAAAAGGCCAAGAUGAUAUCUGUAGAAGAUUCGAUUGAAAUUCAAAGACGACAGAAAGAAGAAAUAGAGCGACUUCAAGGACUGCAUGCAGCAGAAAGGCUAGCAGAACGAUUCCACAUCAAACUGGGGAACUACAACACCUGGGUGCCAGACAUGGAUUAUCGUGACGGAAAUUCAGCCCAUGAGGAGGAAGCAGAGGCGGAAGACAGUGAUGAUAGUGACGAAAGUCCUAUGUGACGGCAUGUACCCUGAUGGAGGCCCAGAAACCUUAAUCAGCAGCAGGGUGAAAGAUCCCAACGGCAUCAAAAUUUUCGUCCUGUAGCCUAUAAGCGGCAAUAGCUCAAACCACUCCCCCGUGUUGUUAUAAUUAACAACAUUCGAGCUGUAGAAUCGAGUCGACAAAACAGUCCCGCAUCUGUUUUUCUGUUUGCUUUUUCCAAACUUAGUUUCGCUCUCCUAUUCGUGUGAAGGUGGGGUCACCCGGAAACUUGUGCAUUCAGACAGGCAGCUCGUGUGUCAUAGUGCCUCAUGCUUGUCGUUAGAAUACCAUAAAGGGAUGAAUCAGUGACCGAUUUUUAAACAUAAAAUUGUGUGAGAGAGAGAGAGCGAAGGGGUAAAAUGGAGCUGUUUUUGACAAGGCCUAUGGAGGAUGUAGGGUUGGGUGGAGGGAGCAAGCCAACAAACCGUUUUCCCAACGAUCCUAAUCGAUUCUCUUACAAAUAGCAUAAAGUGAUCAGUGCUCUUAAUUGCAGAGGCUUUGUACAAAACCUGUCCCUUCGCCAUGUUGACCCGACGGGAGGAAGGGUUUUCCGGAAUACCAAGCCUUGGUGGCCCUGUUUAGAAUUUCUUGUCGUCAUUACAAACAAAAAAAAAAAAAAAUGUGUUCACAUGAUCGAAACCAAGUCUGUCGCCGUGCGAUUCGAUUUGACUUUUUCUUGUGUGGAAGAAUGUGCCUUGUAAUAUAAUGUGUCAGAAAAACGGCA